AUGCGGGGGUAUGGUACAAAUGCGUUGGAAUGCCUUGAUCCCCUGUUCCCCUCGAUUCAUUUCAAGUAUAUAUUGACGAAAUCAUCACCACUGAUCUCUCAAUUAACCCAGGAUGAUAGUUUUCGACGUCUUGUCUUUAUUAGCCUUGGCGGCGGCUUUGGUGGUGCCCCCCACGACAAAUCCGCGUUGGAGAAGAAAGCCACAUCCAACGUCAUCGAACUCGACUUUGACAUCGAAGGGGGCCAGCACCAUGGCGUGGUCCUGUUUGGCUCCGAGGGCGUGAGCUACAAGCCGAUUAUUGAUUCGGGGUCGUGGGAAACGUGGUUCGCAAACGACAACGACAUGACCGACUACUCGACGACAUUGGUAAACCUCACUACGCCGUUCAGCAUUAACUAUGUCGGCUCGGGCAACCCCGCCACUGGUAUCUUCAUCAAGGACACCAUCAAGUUCACCAACGCCAAGUCCGACGGCUUUGAGUUUGGUAUUCUCAAUAAUCCGCCGUGGUUCCCCCAGGGGAUUCUUGCCAUUGCCAGACUGCAGGGCUCAGACCACGACACGUUGACGUACCACUUGAAGAUGAUGGGGCAAGUGGAACGCACGGUGUCGUCGCUUUACUACAGCAAGUUGCAAAACAAGGGUUAA